ACUUCCUAUUUCCAUUGUCAUUGUCAAUAGUCAUUUUGUCAAAUAAUGUCGAUGUCAAUGGCUAAAAUAUUACUAGCACCACCAACUCUUUUGUUGUUGUUCAUCUUAUCAAUCUUCAUUAUUUCCUCAAAAGCAACUCCACCAACCUUUGAUUGGGUACAACAAGAAUUCCUCAAGGCUCACAAUAAUCUAAGAAAGAGUGUUGGUGUUCCUCCUUUGGAAUGGGAUGCCAAAUUAGCCGCUUAUGCAUAUGAUUGGGCUACUCAGCGCAAGGAGGAUUGUGAUUACAGGCAUCAUUCUCCUGGCCCAUAUGGAGAGAACAUCUUCUGGGAGCUUUACAAAGCCACACCUCCAGCCUUUGUUGUACAGAAAUGGUUCGAUGAGAAGAAGAAUUUCGAUGAGGUGAACAAUGUUUGCAAAUGCCAGCCAGAAAAUGCAGCAUGUCAAUGUGGCCAUUAUUUAAAUGUAGUAUGGAAAACUACAACAAAAGUUGGAUGCAGUGGCAACGUUUAUUGCGAUGACCAAAAGGGUGUUUAUUAUGUUUGCUCAUAUGAUCCUAUUGGGAAUUAUAAAGGUGUUAAUCCUUUAAAUCCUGGUGAUAAUUUAACAACUAAUUCCACUAGCUCUUGAAGUAGUUAACGCGUGCUAGGUGCGUGUUAAUUCUUCAAAAGAAAAAAAUUGUAAUUGAUUUUUGUGUAUGUUUGAUCAAUAAAUAAUGAUGUUUGAUUUUUGAA